ACCACACCGAGCCGAGCCAAACCAAUCCGGGCAUAUAUCCCUGCUGCCCCACACAGAGGCAGCAGAGGAGGAAUGAUGACCUGGUAGCGCAUCUUUACGCACCCGACCCGCCGUCCGUCCCUUAUAAACCCACAUUUUGCCUCUUUACGUUCAAUUUUCUCGCCGAGACCAUGGAGACGGCAGUUUUCAGGACCGAUAUUUUCUUCUCCCAGCUGCUCCUUUUCAGCCAAAUAGUUGUGGCGGCGGAGCCUCUGGUCCGUGGCUUGAGGAAACUCCCCGAAGAUAUCGACUGGUCGUACUCAGGUGCCCUGAACCAGCGUAACUGGGGUAAGAAGUACCCGUCCUGUAACAGCGCCAGGCAGUCUCCCGUGGACAUCGACGAGACGUUCACGCAGGUCAGGCUGCAGUACCAAAACCUACAGCUAGAGGGCUGGGACAAACUGACGGCAGAGUCCACCACCAUCCACAACAACGGGAAGACAGUGGCCAUCAAUGUGGAUGGAGAGUUCUUUGUGAGUGGAGGAGGCCUGAGCUCCAGGUUUCGUGUUGGUAGAAUCACUUUCCACUGGGGGCGUUGCAAUGCAACUUCAGACGGGUCUGAACACAGCCUGAACGGGAUGAAAUACCCUCUUGAGAUGCAGAUCUACUGUCAUGAUCCAGAUGACUUCCAAAGUCUUGAUGAAGCCAUCAGGCAGGGAGGGAGGAUCGCUGUGUUGGCUGUGCUCUUCGAGGUCAGCCUGGAAGACAAUGAGAACUUCAUUCCUGUUAUAGAGGCCGUCAACACUGUCAGCAGGUUUGGUAAGAGCGGGUCGAUGGAAGCUUUCACCCUGCGGUCCCUGCUGCCCAAUAACACAGAUAAAUACUACAUCUACAACGGCUCACUGACUGCCCCUCCCUGCUCAGAGAUGGUAGAAUGGGUCGUCUUUAAGCACACUGUAGCCAUAUCGGAAACACAGAUUGAGGUGUUUUGUGAGGUGAUGACCAUGGAGCAGGCUGGAUAUGUGAUGUUGACCGAUUACCUGCAGAACAACUUCAGGGAGCAGCAGCAGCAGUUCAUGGGUCAGGUGUUUGCCUCGUACACCGGAGUGGAGGACGUGCUCACGCCCACCUGCAGCUUGGAGCCAGAAAACGUUCAGGCUGAUGCCCAGAACGACACAACCAUCGUGGUGACGUGGGAACGUCCCCGCGUGGUUUACGACACGACCAUCGACUGGUACACCGUCACUUACCAGAGGCUGCAGGGCCGAGACCAGAUCAAGCAGGAGUACAGGACCGAUGGGGACCAGGACGUGGGAGCCAUCAUCCCCAGCCUGCUGGCCAACAGUAGCUACGUGGUUCAGGUGGUGGCUGUUUGUACCAACGGACUCAGAGGACGAUGGAGCGACCAGAUUAUAGUGGACAUGCCGUUAGAAGACCCCGAAAGCGAUUCAGAUCCUGACACUGUUUCUCAAGACUCGGAGGGCAACAGGGAGGUCUCAUCUAAAGGCAGAUGGGAGAAGCCAGAGAACCAGAAUCAGGUGGAUUUGUCUCCCGAGGGCCACAGCCCAGUGGAAGAGACCCCAGUGGAGCAGACCCGAGUUUACCAGAACCACCCCACACACCAUACCCAGCCCAGAGACCAAACCCAAACAAACCAGAACCUCCCAGUCCAGUUCAGCACGCGUUCAACCCCAAAGACUCCCUCCGAGUCUGCCGUUCUACAGAAAACCCGACUCAACCAGAACAUGAAAGACAAACCGGACCGAAGCGGGUCUAAUGCCAAUAUUAUGGACGAAAACCAUAUUGACGAGGACCAGGGGAUCGCAACACAGCGGCCGUUUACUAAUGCAGGUUUUGACGGCAACAGUGCAAUCUGGGUGACUGAGGUGACUGAGCAGCCAGGCUUUCUGUUUCCAGUUGCUCGGACCACCACCCUACCGACGAUCCGCCGUCAAAUCACAGAAGAGGCAUCGUUGUCAGUGUUAUCACAUCAGUCAGGGGAUCAUGGUCAACCAGAUCAAAGUGGCCUCCCUUCUCCCCAGUCGGAUCUCUACACCCCUCCUGUGGAAGACAUCCAAGUCACAGAUAUCUUCUAUGAAGACACAGACAACAGCUCUCCACAGGAAACCCUCACCUCCUCUCCAACAGUGUCUGCUGGUACUCUGCCAGGUAAUCAAAUGGACAAAGACACCAUGCUGUCCUCUGAAGACAGUGACACCCCUGUGAACAAAUCUCCCACAGAAACCGUCACCUCAGUUUCCUCCACUCCCGCCUCCCCUCUGUGGAUCACAGAAAGGACGGCAACAGCUAGCAACACCCUCGCUGAUUCAGUCUACAAAUCAUUCACCUCCUCCUCUCUCCUCAGGGUGCUGAUGCAUACGACCCAGCCCAUGUUCAACGUGCAUAAACCCACGUCCAAGUUUAAGGAGUCAACUAUUUCCCAGUCCUCUGGCUUAACAGAUAUCUUGCCUGGUGGAGUGAUAGUCAACCCUGCAAACCCUGCAGUCUCUAUCACAGAUGGGGGAUUCUCCGCAGAUUCAUUCAGUGUCACGCCUCCAUCACUCAACCCUUUUAAUGAAUACACCAGCAUUUUACAUCCUUCUCCUCCUUCCCUCCCUGGUGAUAAGAGGAGUGCCAUUAUCUUUCAUCAUAAUGAGAAGCCCUCUGAAGAGCACUCUAUUGUCUCUGAGAUCUCUACCACUUUGGGUUCAAAGGCUCACUUAAGUGCUGCAUACUCUCUUUCUCUGUCUCCUGAUUAUGACUCGAGUACGAUCAACUCAUCAAAAACAAACACUGUCAAAGGAAAUACCCGAAAUACUUCUCUUACUCAAGCUGACGGUAGGAUUCACGAUGGUUUGAACAUCUUAGCACGUCCCCACAAUGAAGAGGAGGCCAGAACAGAUAGACAAAAAGGAGAUCACAUCUACACUUCAGUCACGUCUUACUCUGAUUCUAAAGGUUUGACUUUGUCCCGUCUUUCUAAGUCAGAGGAAACCAACACAGAUGACAGUGGAUCAGGCUCUGGCUUUUAUAGCAACAGGCUCAAUCAGGAAUUGGAUGGAGGUGCUACAGUAAAGACUAACUUCUCUACUACAAGUUCAACUGUAAUCUUCAAGGCAGAUGAUUUGGGGAAAAAGAGUAGAUCAAUAGGAAUUGAAAUGACUAUAGAUGGGAGAGGAACCAAAAGAGAAAUAAAAGAGAAGGAACAUGAGCUAAGUGGUCAGGAAGAAGAAAUAACAGGAGAAGGAAAGUGGAGAAAAGUAGAAGGUGAAAGUGAUGAGCAAGCCAGACAGCUCAAUAGCACAGCAAGUCAUAACAUGCUGCAAGAAAAAGAGAGAGAAACUAAAGGUGAGACUGUAGUAGGAAACACAGUAUACACUGAGACUGGCAGUGGGACUGAAAUCAAGUCUGAGACAGAUUCUAGCUGGCCUGAGGACGUCAGUGGUUCUGGAGAGAGUGGUGGAGAUGGAAGAGAAGAUGGUAAAGGAAGCAAUGAUCUGCAACUCUUUGACAGUAUGGGGAAUGGAAAGGGAAAGAAAGGUAGUGAUGGUAAAGAAGAUAUCAAAGGUGCAGGUGAAAAGGAAAGUGUUGACAGAGGUGAUGAACGGUCAGACAACAAUGAAGAAGUUGAAUCUGGAAGAAGAGAUGGUCUGCAGCCACCUGUAAGUGUAGACACACCUACAACAGAGUUCCCUCCGUUUGGCAGCGGCAAAGAUAAUGGCGACGAUGGUGGUGAUGGACAUAAUGAAGAGGAUCACAACACAAGUCUUGACAGUGGAGUUGUCGGUGUUGACUCUACUUUCGAGGACGACAGGGAGGGAGACGGUGAUGUUAAACAAAGUGGAGGUCUAGAGAGUGAGGAAUACAUGGAAGGAGGUGGCAGAGAGAAUAGAGGUGUAGCUGGAGAGAGUUUGCAGGAGAUGUCAGGUGUGGACGGGUUGUUGUUUAAUGCUGGAAGGAGUCCAAUGUUGGGUCGUCUCAUUCCUCUGCUCAGACUGACAGACGCCAAUAAAGCUGUGGAGGAACAAAUGGAAGAGGGCAGCAACAGCAGCCACGAGUCUCGUGUCGGGCUGGUCGGGGGUGUGGAGAGGGAGAAGAGGACAGUCAUUCCUCUGGCUGUUGUCUCCACUCUCACCAUCCUCUGUCUGCUGGUACUGGUGGGCAUCCUCAUCUACUGGAGAAACUGUUUCCAGACAGCUAAUUUCUACCCAGAUGACAACACAUCACCUAAAGUCAUAUCUGCUCCAUCUACACCUCUGCUGCUGGCCACAGAUGGUCAUGAGCCGCUGACAGUGAAGCAGUUUGUGAAGCAUGUCAUGGAGCUCCACUCCACCAACACCUUCUCCAAGGAGUUUGAGAUUGUCAAAGAAUCCUAUGAGGAGGUGCAGGCGUGCACAGUGGACAUGGGCAUCACUGCCGACAGUUCCUCUCACCCCGACAACAAAAGCAAGAACAGAUACAUCAACAUACUGGCCUAUGAUCACAGUAGAGUGAAGCUCUCCAACAGUUUGGACAGAGAUGGCAAAUGUGGGGACUAUAUCAACGCUAAUUUUGUCGAUGGUUAUGAGCGAACAAGGGCGUACAUCGCAGCUCAGGGGCCUCUCAGAGCAGGCAGGGAAGACUUCUGGAGAAUGAUCUGGCAGCAGAACGUUGGAGUAAUCGUCAUGAUCACCAACCUCAAGGAGAAAGGACGGACAAAAUGUGAUCAGUACUGGCCGGAGGAGAACCAGGAGGAAUACGGUCCAUACCAGGUGACCCUGAAAAGCAGCAAGACCCUCGCUUACUACACACUGCGGACGUUCACCAUCAGAGAUACCGCAAAUAAGGCGUCUCAGAGGAGAGUCGAACACACAGUCCUGCAUUACCACUACACCCAGUGGCCAGACAUGGGCGUCCCAGAAUACACUCUGCCUGUCCUGUCCUUCAUCAGAACAUCCUCUCGGGCCCGGACACAGGAGAUGGGACCCGUCCUGGUACACUGCAGUGCUGGUGUGGGAAGAACAGGAACCUACAUAGUGAUAGACAGCAUGCUGCAGCAGAUCCAGGAUCAGGGGAUGGUGAAUGUUCUUGGUUUCCUGAAACAUGUGCGGACUCAGAGGAACUUCCUGGUUCAGACGGAGGAGCAGUACGUUUUCAUCCAUGAUGCUCUGGUGGAAGCCAUCUUGAGUCGUGACACCUCUGUGACGUCUGACCACCUCCACACUUAUGUGUCUGACCUCCUGACCCCUGGGGCAUCAGGCAGGACACGCAUGGACAAACAGUUCAAGUUGAUCAGUCAGCGUCAAGCGAAGCACGCAGAUUACAGCACUGCUCUGAGAGACGGCAACGCUGAGAGGAACAGAGCCAGAGCUCUGAUGCCUGUGGAGAGAUCAAGAGUCUGUCUGACCGCUUCAGACACAAACUCCACCGGCUACAUCAACGCCUCCUACGUCCUGGGACAUCACCACAGUAAGGAGUUCAUAGUGAGCCAGACUCCUCUGAGCAGCACGGUGGCAGACUUCUGGAGAAUGAUCUGGGAGCACAACACACACACUGUUGUCCGUCUGCCUGACACACACAGUCAGAGUGGAGAGGCGGAGUCUUGUGUGUACUGGCCCAGUAAAGACCAGCCAAUGAGCUUUGAGGGUUUUACUGUGUCAUACUCGCGGGAGGAACAUGUAUCUCUGUCUAAUGAGGAGAGACUUUUGGUGCAGGACUUUACAGUGGAGUCGUCACAGAACAAUUAUGUGUUGGAGGUGCGUCAGUACAGCGCCCCCUGCUGGCCCAACCCGGACAGCCCCAUCAGCAACAGUUUUGAUCUGGUCAACACAGUCAGAGAGCACAGCAGAUGCACAGAUGCACCUACAGUCGUGCAUGACCCGUUGGGAGGUGCUAUAUCCGGGCUGUUCUGUGCUCUCACCACCCUGUCCAGCCAGCUAGAGGAGGAGGGAGUAGUAGAUGUCUACCAGGUGGCACGAAUGACCAACCUCAUGAGGCCUGGUGUAUUUAAUGAUAUAGAGCAGUACCAGUAUCUGUAUCGAGCUGUGCUGAGUCUGGUGAGCAGCCAGGAAGACCAGAGAGCCUUGCAGAGUCCAGAAACCAACGGAUCCGUACCACUUGGUCAGACCAACAUCGCUGAGAGCCUGGAGUCACUCAUGUAGUCCCACAUACACACAUCACAUACACACGUACACAGGCACAUAUUCAUACGCACAACAUGCAUCAUACAGUGCUGUGGUGACUUAGCUUUGACCUGACAUGAUGAGAGGACCAACACCAUCAUCUCUGUGUUUGUGGUUCAAAGCUGUGUCUGCUGAGCAUGCUAAUGUACAAUAUGUUCAAUAAUCAGAGAUUACUCAUAUUAUUCAGAAUAUGAAAAUGAAUUUAAUAUUUUAAUCUGAUGCAUGCAAAGAUUUAGUAAUCCAAACUAGUAAUCAGUCCAGGUUUUGAAUAGAGUUUUGAAUACUUGAGCUGUCUGAUAUACUGUAGUGACAGUACUCGAAAAGCUUUUUUGCCAUUUCAAUGUUUUCUUUUAACAAAUUUGGUGUCUUUUUGGCGAGCUCAUUAAACACGUCUGGAGGGUUUAAACACAUCAUUAAAAGUGCAAUUCUCUCACUGUCAGGAUAAUGCUCGUGACCUGAUUACUCACCAUACUGUGAGUGUUAACAUGCACAGCAGACAGAGCUACAGAAUCCACCAGAGACACAGAAUGUUUUAUCAGCUCUCAUGUCAUUAAGUGACCAACAGAGAGGAAAAGUUUCACUGCCUUUUGAUUGCAAAAUUUCCAGCUGUGUGUCUGUCGCUGCUCAACACGGAGCCUGAAGCAUCAGAGCUCAAACGUUUCCUGAGAGAAGGAAAAACUUCUAAUGAGGAUUUUCUUUAAAGCUAAAUAAAAUAAAAAUAAGUAUUUAAAUGAAAAAUAAUUUCUACCAAGAAUUCCUUUCUCAAUGUUUGAUUUGAAAUUGUCUUAAUGAAUCUAAAAUUUCUUAAAUUCAUUACUUAUGUCUAUUUUAAUCUUUCUUUAACAUUUCAUUAUUUUAUCUAUGGUCUCUUUCUUUUGCUCCUAUAUUUUCUGCCAUAUUUUUUUUGAUGUAUUCCAUCUUUCUUCUAAAAAACAGAAAUAAAUAUUAAUAAAAAUUGCAAAUGAAAAACAGGCAAAACACACAAUUAAAA